AUGGCGGUGUAUUCUCAACAGGCGCGAGUGGCGCUGGAGGAAGUACAUGACGCCUUUUCUCAGGGUGAAAUUGAUCGUGCCAAGCUAAUUCUUGACGGCAUUGACACGUCGAAUGAACCCAGCAGAGAGGAGUUGCAUGAUCUUUUUGCUAUCCGUUGCGUGCGUGCUUCCAUUGCAGCAAUGGGUGGUGAACGAUCGGUGGCGAGUAUCAUGAGGGACACCGUGUCUUACGCGCUGCACCGUCCUGUUUUGCUUUACUUGGAAGGGUUGGCCGCAAUGGCAAGCGGUACAAGUCUUCAGACGGCACGUGUGAAGUUUGAGGAGGCGAUUCGCGCGGACCGCUACUUUGUUUUGGCGAGACUCGGACUUGCCGCUGUAAGUUAUCACAUGAAACGUUACAAGAGGUGCUUCUCACACUAUCGCGUUGUAUUGGAAACACUUGGCAGCUCCUGCCCUCCUAUUGUCCGUGUGGGGAUGGGGCUUUGCGCAUACCACCUGAAUCAUCUGGACUACGCACAACGAUGUCUGGAACGGGCACUAGAAGUUAAUGAAGAUGAUGAAUUGGCCCUAUUAGUGCUUCUCGUGGUGUUUUUAGACCGUCGCCAAAUUCCAAAGGUGAUUGAAGUGGCACAGCGUCUACGAGGUAUCCUGCCAGAGAAUGCCACGGUUCUGCUUAAGGUGGCGGAACUGGUGUACUUCCGCGCCGUGACACAGGAUCGGGUAAAGGCAUCUGCAAACCCUAUCCGCCGUCUGCUCGCGGAGGUGCGUCGUGUGGCCACAGUUGAAGAAAGUGCCAUGGCGGAUUAUCAGGAAGGCCGGCUUUGCCUUGCUCUUGGAGAUCUCUCUAACGCCCGUUUACUGCUUGAAUCGGCAAUGCAGGUUCUCCCCAACCUGCUGGCUGCACGGAUUCACUAUGCUCGGUUUCUAUUGCUCUCGGGAAGAGAAACCGAAGCGGAGCAGUUGUUACUGCGCAUUAACAAGGAUCACCCAAAUCACAAGGAGGUGCUGCAGCUGCUGGCAGUUUACGCCUCUCGUCACGGUCUACACGAGAAGGCAUUGGAGUAUAGUCGGCGUCUCACGGAGAUUGUGGCACCUGGGGAUAUCCGUUCUUGGUCCAUUGCUUCCUGGUGUGCUCGUUUAGAUAAAGGGGAGACAAAAAAACUCAUGUCGCAUCUCGCCCGUAUUCGAAAAGAGGUAGGGGAACCCGUAUCAAUGAAACUAAUGGCGAAUAUAGCGGCUCUGGGUGGGGACACAGAAGCCUUGCAGAGAAUAAUAGAUUGUGAACUUGGGGCCGAUUUUUUAGGUGAGCCGAACUUGCCUGUGGUUUAUGUACCACUGGUUUUUAAUUUGGCACUGUUGCUAGAGGAAACAGAUCGCACGAGGGCUCGGCAGCUCUAUAUAUUUCUUGUGAAGCAACACGGUUAUUUUCGACCUCCUUACAUUCGUCUACAUGUGCUUGCAAAGGAUGAUGGAUUUUUAAAGCAGGCUGUUGCCUGGCUUGUUUUGCUGCAGCAGGUUUUACCCGAAGAUCCCACCUCGUUAGCGUCCAUUGGUGAAAUAUUCUUUGAAAAUGGCCGUGUUGGUGCAGCAAUGACGGCACUGCGUUCUGCGAGGGGCCGACCUCUUCCAGUAGCCCUUGCCUUUGGAGCCGCAUUUCUUUGGUGCAGCCAGCAGCACGGCAAAGACAAUCGUCGUUUUUUGGCCAGUGCCAAGGACCGUUUUGCAUUUGUCUUGCGCCGUGACAAUGGCAAUGUGUUGGCGGCGCAUGGCCUUGCUUGUUGUCUUGGGUUGGAGGCGGACUAUGAUCGUUGUCAGUGCCUAUUGGAUCGAGUUGGAGAAGUGCGUCCGAACUGUAGCUACGUGCGUCGGCACCAUGAAGCGCAUAUGGCCAAUGUGAAGACGCUGAGUGACAGCUUCAAGCAGGCCAUUGACUACCUUGAACGUGAUCCGCAGCGAACGCCUUUACAGACAUCCUCAUUGGCAUUUUGUUUGGCUUGUGAAAGUCGCUAUGAGGAGGCCAUUGCGGCGCUGACCACUGUUGUAGCGGAAAAUCCUAACCUUCCGCUUCUGCAGUAUAAUCUUGCUCUUUUGCACUGUGCUGCGUUUGUCUACGCGGUUUCGCACAAGGAGGCGAUCACUCCAGAGAAGGCGCGGGAUCUUCGCCAUUCCCUCGCCACUGGGCUUUCUAUGGCAUUUGAGUUUAUCCGACAAGAGCCACGGUCCCAGGCGAUGGCGGUUGCAAAGACGUUUCUCAAGACCGUUUGCGCGUACUGCUUGGAUGUGAAUGAUGGCAGCAUCAGCCGACUCAUUUUGGUCGGCCAGCGUGAUACUAUGGAGUACGACCGGCAGUCCAAACUUUGGCAGCGUGUGUAUGAUGAAUUUCAAACGGAGAAGCGGAAUGAGGAGGAGCAGCGACAGGCAGAGGCGCGGCAACGCCAGGAGCAGGAGGUUCAGUUGGCCCGUGAGAUUCUGGAGGAUUUUCGGCGCUCACAGCUUGACCAGCCGACGAUUCUUGACGAGGAGAUACGCACCCGGCUCGAGGCGUAUCGUGCGGAGUUCGGGUCUGCUGCCCCACCCGCUACCGACGAUGCAGUGCAGCCAAUCGACCCCCUAGGCACCACUUCGACUGCGAUCCUUGGCGGCAUGAACCUCGAGGAGGACGGUGUGGGGUGGGCGGAAGCCGAAAGGGAUGAAGAGGAGAAUGAUGUAAAGGUAGAAGGGACGGAUGUUUCGGCGUGA